AUGGCCUCGGGGAAGAGCCAUGUGGGGAAGAUUCUGUCCCAGAGCACCGGCAUGCCCCUGGUGGAUGCCGACACGGAGAUUGUAGCCCGCGCAGGAAAGUCUAUUGACCGAAUCUUUGCCGAAGAGGGGGAGACGGUCUUUCGCGACCUGGAGCGGGAGGUCAUCGCUGAGUUGUGCGCGGUUCGCCAGAUGGCAAGAUCUCUAGGCUGGCGGCGGGGCGUUCGUUGA